CUCUGCUCCCCCAGGUGAGGCAGUAGGCACCAUGUCUGCAAGGGGCAACCACUCAGAGGUGGUGGAGUUCAUCCUGGUGGGCUUCACGGGCCCUGUGGGGCUCCGUCUGUGCCUCCUGCUGCUGUUCCUGCUGGCCUACGUGCUGACUGUCAUGGAGAACCUGGUCAUCAUCGCCGUGAUCAGCACCAGCCCCAUGCUGCACAAGCCCAUGUACCUCUUUCUCAGCAACCUGUCCUUCCUGGAGGUGUGGUACAUCUCUGUCACCGUGCCCAAGAUGCUGUUCAGCCUGGCUGCACCGGAGUUCCGGCGCAUCUCCUUCACGGGCUGCAUGGCGCAGCUGUACUUCUUCCUGGCACUGGCCUGCACCGAGUGCACACUCCUGGGCGUCAUGGCCUACGACCGGUACGUGGCCAUCUGCAACCCCCUGCGCUACCCAGCCGUCAUGAGCCCUAGCCUCUGCAGCCUCCUGGCCGCAGGCUCCUGGCUCUCGGGCUUCACCAUCUCCCUGGGGAAGGUCUUCUUCAUCUCCCGGCUGGGCUUCUGCGGCCCCAACGUCAUGAACCACUUCUUCUGUGAUGUGUCCCCGCUGCUAAACCUUGCCUGCUCUGACAUGUCAGCGGCAGAGCUGGUGGACUUCCUCUUGGCUCUGCUCAUCCUGCUGGGGCCACUACUGCUCACCAUCUUCUCCUACUCGGCCAUCCUGGGUGCAGUGCUGCGCACCCCGUCCUCCGGCGGCCGGCAGAAGGCCUUCUCCACCUGCAGCUCACACCUGGCCGUAGUGGUCAUCUUCUACUCAGCCUCCCUCUUUAUCUACGCCAGGCCACGUGCCAUCUACUCCUUCGACUACAACAAACUGGUGUCCGUGGUGUACACUGUGCUCACACCUUUGCUCAACCCAGUCAUCUACUGCCUGCGGAACCAGGAGGUCAAGUGGGCACUGCGCAGGGUGGUGCAGAGGGCAACCCAGGCCCUGGGGAACCCCUCCUAGGCAGGCCCACGUCACCUUCAUUUGAUCCCAGCCCCUGCAGACAGCAGGGCCAGUGGGGGCUGCAGGGGUAUGGGCACCUCCUCAUGCCCUGGCCUGUGUCCUGGCUGCCCCCAUGUGUUUUACCUCCACCAUGCCCAGAAGGCAC